CUGUUCAGGUCUUUGAGACGCAGCCUGCAUGGUGCGGCUCAUGAAGUCAAAAAACUCAGACGUAGAGGGAAGGAAUUAACGUUGGAUUUGACGGGGACUAAAGCCACUUUUUUGAAGAUUACAAAGUUCUUCUCUAUUUAAUAAUGAACUCGUCACGCAACAUUUGAUCCUGCGAAAACAUGAAACACAAAUGAUGUUUAAUCUUUCUAUAGAUGGUUCAUUUUCAAAGAACUUGGAGGACUUCGACUCUGUUCGUAGCGUUCUCCUUUACAGUGAUUUGGAACCAGAAUGGCUUGACGAUAUUCAGAAGAACGGUGAACUUUUCUAUCUGGAACUGAGUGAGGGUGAGGAGGAGGUUGCUUUGGCCCAGGCCACAGCAAACCAGUGUGUGUCCACUAACCAUGUCCGCUUUAGUGAAAAGGAGGCAGAGGUCAUCACAGAACAAAAUAAGAAGCAGCGAUGCAGCUCACGGAUGAAAGGUGAGCCCACCCUCAAAAGGUUAGCCAGGAUCUUGAGGAGAAAACAUCGGCCUUCUCAGCGCAGAGGAGGGAAGGAUGGAAGUAAAGACAAGUCAGCUUCAUCGCCACCAGCUUCCAUCCUGAAGAACCAGCCAGGCCAAAGACAAGGUGUGAUGGUUCAGCAGCAGCAGCUGAAGGAAGUGUGUGUCUACCUCAAUCCUAAACGUUUAGCAGGUUCAUCAGUCCCUCUGUGUGAGAGCGGAGGCCUUCUGGAAGCGCUGCUGGGGGUGGUGCAUCGGCCGUCCUGGAGCUCAAGUCAGGGAGACCCUUCAGUUCUCAGACAUGAAGAAAAAUUGACUGUUCAUGGAUUAGUACCAAAUAGUCCAGCCAUAAAGUGUGGCCAGAUCUUAAUCGGCGAUGUGCUCUUAGCCGUGGACGAUGUUGAUGUGACAUCAGAGAACAUCGAGAGGGUUCUGUCCUGCAUCCCGGGGCCAACACAGGUGAGGUUGAUGCUGGAGACGGUGGCUCCGGUAGACAAAGACGGUACUAGUGACACUUCAUCAGCCCAUAAGAUGAACGCUUCUCCACCAGUCAGCCAGCUGGUUCGUCUGCUGUGGGGGGAGGACAUGGCUGAACUCCAGAUGUCCAUAGGACAAAUCCCACAUAUUAUCAUGUAUCUGUCACUUAAACUGGACUCAGCAUCACCACAAGAUGAGGAGGAAAUCUUGUACCAGUAUCCUGUGUCAGAAGCCUCCACCCAGCUGAAAGGAGUGAGGGGCAUCUUCCUCACCUUGUCUGACAUGCUGGAGAAUGUCACAGCGGGACAGAUCGUCAGUUCGUCUCUCCUGCUCGGGGAACAUCUGGUGCAUGUUGGCUACUGGAAGGAGAGCAACAACCUGCUGGUCAUUGGUCUUCCUGCGGAGAGGGUUCCUCUACUGUCUCUGCAGACGGUGGUGGGAGACAUUGUGCGGACAUUAAAAGUGAUGUAUGGCUCUUUAGACAGGGCUUUCUGUCAGUUGGACCACACUCCCAGGUUGGACCAUUUCUUCUGCCUGUUCUUCCAGCAGCUCAUCCAGCCUUCAUGUUUGAGGGAAGGCUCCUCUGUGCCCCCAGCAGACGUGUCAGGGACCCUCUUCCUCAACGGACUGCCAGCAGUACGAUGGCUCACUCUGCCUCCAGAAAUCAAGAUGGAGGUGGACACUGUUCUCUCUGAUUUUGAAUCUUCUGAUUUUGGAGAAAUGUCUGAAGAUUUUUUUGGCCUGAGGCGUCUCUACGUAAUUCUUGGCUCUUGUUUGUUCUACAAGUCCUACCUGAUUGCCAACCAUCUGCCCAAGGAGGACCUACUGGAUGUUUGUCUGUAUUGCCAGCACUACUGCCUGCUGCUGCUGGCAUCAGAAGAGCGAGUGGGUCAGCUGGUCAUCUGGAGAGAAGUGUUUCCCCAACAGAGAGCUAAUGGAGGCAUCAGCUCUGAGCCAGGUUACAGCCAGCCUCAAGGACGACACUUCCUCCUCAUAGUGGGGCUGAGACACUUUAUGCAGUGUGUCCUGUUGGAAGCAGGUGGGUGUGCUUCACCAGCUUUGGGCUCUCCAGGACCUGAUUGUGUCUAUGUGGAUCAGGUGAAAGCAACCUUGCUGCAGUUGGAGGUGUUGGAGGCAGGAAUUGAAGAGCGUUUGAACGCUCCGCCUGCUCCCUGCCUGUCAUGUGCAGACUGGUUUCUCCCUGCGGCCACGGCUCACGAGCGGCUCGAAAGCCUGGCCUCCUCCUCCCCCGUCUUAAGCAAACUUGCAGGGGUCAUUAAAGGCUCCUCUUCCUCGGGGUCCAGAGGUCGCAGCCUUUUUGGUGAGAAGUCCCGAAAGUCCAGCCCACAGAGAAGCUUGUCGGACAGCGGGAGUGAGGGGCAGAUGGAUGCUGCGUCGGGGUCUGGUUCAUCGAUGGCUCCCGGUCUCAGUCCACAUUCCACCCCAGACUCAGCAAGGAAGCUCAGGGGGCGACGGGACUCACUGGGGUCUGGAGGGUCAGAUGGCAGUGGAGGCAGCGGGGGCCUCUUUAAGAUAUCCAGGAUGAAACACCCUAACCCUUUCUACCUGGGCACACUGAAGAAGACCCUGACUGAGAAGGAGACAGAGGAGAUGUAUAACACCAUAAAACUAACAUCAGGUGCAGAAAACACCUUGUUCCACUACGUUCUGAUGGAAACUGUGCAGGGAAUCUUCAUCGCUCCUACUCACAAAGAAAUGGCUCAGCUCAGCGGAUCUAUUCACCCACAGCUCAUACGCAACUUCCACCACUGCUGCCUCUCCAUACGAGCCGCCUUCCAGCAGAGUCUGCCAGCCAGGGGCCGCCGUGCAGCUGACAGGCCUCAGAGUGCCGGUUGGGGUCUGGGGCCAGUCAAGGAGCACGGGGUUCUGUUUCAGUGUAAACCGGAGAACUGGACCGACCAGAAGAAACCUGCACCCACCAUGACUUACUGGGUCAUAGGGCGGAUGUUGCUGGAGCCCGUUCCUCAGGAGUUCUAUGUGUGCUUUCAUGACUCUGUGGCAGAAGUUCCGGUUGAAAUGGCCUUCAGACUCUCCUUUGGUUUGGCUUCGUGACACAUCGUCUUCAUCAGCGGCAGCACAACCUUGAAGAUCUCUCAAGCAAAUAAUGGAUCGGUCUCAUUCUCAGGAAAAUAAAACUUUGAUGGUGUCGAGAGGCAUCUGAACUGAAUUAAAGCUGCCAAGUUUAAGGGGUGAACCAGGAAUAUUUUGAGCCUUUUUCACAUGCCUCUGUUUUCCAAAUGAUUUUCUACAGAUAACAACAGAGCGUGACUGAAGCUUUCAGUAGUGAUAAGUAAAUACCGGGCAGACCUCAACUUCAGACCAGGUCGUUUUAGUGCCUCGUUUCUCAUCAUAAGUGUAUGCAAGGUUUUUCAUGUGUGUGGGCAUGAAAAGUCUCUCAGUGACUGAAUACCUCUUUUCCAGUUUGACCAUCUGCCCUGACUGUUUGCUGCAGUUAAGUUUACAAAGCUGGAUCAAUUUAAAAAAAUGCUGCUGUGUGAAUCUCUUUGCUGACACAGCCACAAACGCUGUAUUAAUGUUUAAUUUGUAUGCAGUGAAACAAAAGUAUUCAUUGUUUCUUAACUUAAAUUUUGUACAGUUUUGUAAGGAAAAUUACUUGUUUUGUUACAUAAAUGACCAUUAUUUCACUAAA